CGAAGAGCGAUCCACGGCUACCUUGAUGGCGAUCGCUUGAUUGGUGUUAUUAGGAUGUUAUCAAAAUGCCGGUGUUGAGAAGAAGGGCGCGGACAGACAAUAAAGUCAUCAACGGGCUGUUCGUCCAUUCCAGUCCCCCCAGGGUUCUGCAGCUGAAUUCGGCAUCCAUCAAGCAGCUGAUACGAAGCGGAGAUGUGGAAAAAAUCGAGCAGGCCGUGUAUGACGGUCAAGGAAAAAAGCUUGUGGGGGAGUACUCGGCAGAUUACAAGACCAGAACUUUCUUGAAAUCGAUACCUGCUCUAAUGUCAAAAAUCUCUCUACUGCAUGAUGCGGUCAACAGCGACAGGUUAGAAGAGCUCCAGACCCUUUUGGAUGAGGAACCCGAAAAAAAGAAGAGACUGGUGAUGGCCAAGGACGAAACAGGGGCGGGUUUGCUCCAUAAAGCCGUCUACUACGACCUGAAAAGCAUCUACAGAUGGCUGAUCGACAAAUUUCCUCACAUAGUCUCGAUGAGGGAUUCCGUAAGAAUUCAGUCUUCUUAUUUUUGA